GUUGUUUUGUCGUUUCAUUACACAAAGGAAUCGGAUGGGUUUGCAUCAACGUCGCUUUAACGUUGGUGUCUUUUGGUGGCCCCCGUGUGACCACGUGUUGGUGAGUUGCGCCAGAUCUGCCGUGUCGCAAUGAGGCCUUUCUCAACAGGACAGGCGUGAGUCAGUAGCCAGCAGCAGCACGCCGUGGAAGAUCCCCUGGAAAUCACCUGCAUCCACAUAGACCGGUGCAGGAGACUCCAAGAAGAACGGCGACUGAAAGGCCGCCACAACAAAGGCUGACAUUAAAGAUGGGUGAAGUCCACAAUUCCCACAUCUCCCUGUGUCUUCUGUCCAGCUCUUCUGGCUUUCCCAGGGGUGUCAAGAUUCCGGGGUCCAUUAGCGAUCUUGAUGUGAUCCUGGGUGCAUCGGCAAGUGCGUAAGGCAGCAAUUACUUCCACUACUCGAAAAGGGAACACUGGUUUGUUUAAAAUUCUGCGUUCUUAAUUUUUACAGAUCCGAACGGCGAUUUGACUUGAUCUUUCUGUUCCUUUAAGGUGGGCACCUGAAACACACACCUGAAACACACCACUGCUACUACGACUCCCCGCAGCAAUCGGACUGAGGAGAGAAGAGAUGCAUGGCAUGUAAGCAGCCCACCAUGGCUCACAGGAAGAGGCCCGGGACCUGCGGCGGGAUGGCGGAGCCCCGAGCUCGGCCCGGCCCGCCCCCCUUCCCCGUGGAGGACCGCGACCUGGAGCCCCAGGGCGAGCGCGCCUACCGCGGCCCGCCGGAGCGCGACCCCAGGGGCAGCCGGCCGACCACGCCCGCCACGCCCGAGCGCGGGCACGCCGACCGCCGCGCCCACCACGACAGCGUGGACGGGGACUCCAGCUCCGACUACGUCAACAACACCUCGGAGGAGGAGGAGGACUACGACGAGGGCCUGCCCGAGGAGGACGAGGGCGUGACCUACUACAUCCGCUACUGCCCCGAGGACGACAGCUACCUGGAGGGCAUGGACUACCCCCGCCCCCAGCCGCCUGCCCACACCGACGAGUGCCAGGAGGCGGUGGAGGAGUGGGCGGAGUCGGAGGGGCCGUGCGAGGCCCUGGAGCGGGACCCCGACGCACACGGGUACGAGGGCAGCCCAGAGCCCGUCCCGGACCUGCACCCCGCCUCCCCGGAGGAGCCGCUGCCCCAGGACGAGGAGUACGAGGAGGAAGGGGAGGAGAGCGAGGAGUACUGCCCCAACGAGGAGGAGGAGGAAGAGGGCGACGGGGGCGACAGCGGUGACUACACGGGGGACUAUUACGCCCCGGAGGACAAUGGGAACUCGGUGCGCGGGUCCCCCUACAGGGGCCGCAAGGGCGGGGAGGGGGAGGGCCCGGAGGACACCGAGGAGGACAUCGACCAGAUCGUGGCCGAGAUCAAGAUGAGCAUGAGCAUGGGCAGCCUGAGCAGCGGCACCGACCACAGCCCCGAGGAGCUGCCCCCCGACUCUGCCCCCCAGGACUUCGCCCCGCCCCCCGCCGAGCCCGAGCCUGAGCCCGCCCCCUUCACCCCGCGCCGGCACGAGGGCCGGCCCAAAUCGCUCAACCUCCCCCCCCCCCGCCACACCAACCCCGAACUGCAGAGGGGCCUGAAGGCCCGUGCCCGCACCCCUGAGGAGAGAUCCAAGUGGGCCCAGGAACAGGUGUCUAACCAUGUGGAGGCGCCACGGCGACAGCACCGCUCCGAUCUCAACGGCCCGGUGGAGAACAACAACGCCCCCGAGCAAACGAAGAAGACUGCCUCUUUCCCCAGCUUUGUGGAUGUUCCUGGGCCCUGCGAGCCGGAGGACCUCAUCGAUGGCAUCAUCUUCGCCGCCAAUUACCUGGGCUCCACCCAGCUGCUGUCCGAGCGGAACCCGUCCAAGAACAUCCGGAUGAUGCAGGCCCAGGAGGCGGUGAGCCGGGUCAAGAGGGUUCAGAAGGCUGCCAAAAUCAAGAAAAAGGCGGGCCCAGAAGGGGAUGCCCAAACACUGACUGAGGUGGACCUGUUCAUAUCCACACAGAGGAUCAAAGUGCUCAAUGCUGACACACAGGAGACGAUGAUGGACAACGCCCUGCGCACCAUCUCCUACAUCGCGGACAUCGGGAACAUCGUGGUGCUGAUGGCCCGCCGGCGCAUGCCCCGCACCGCCUCGCAGGACUGCAUCGAGACCACGCCCGGGGCGCCCGAGGGCAAGAAGCAGUACAAGAUGAUCUGCCACGUCUUCGAGUCCGAGGACGCACAGCUUAUUGCGCAGUCCAUCGGACAGGCAUUCAGCGUGGCCUACCAAGAGUUCCUGAGAGCCAACGGGAUCAACCCUGAGGACCUGAGUCAGAAGGAAUACAGUGACAUCAUCAACACGCAGGAGAUGUACAAUGAUGACCUCAUCCACUUCUCCAAUUCAGAGAACUGCAAAGAGCUGCAACUGGAGAAGCAGAAGGGGGAGAUCCUGGGCGUGGUCAUCGUGGAGUCCGGCUGGGGCUCCAUCCUGCCCACGGUCAUCCUGGCCAACAUGAUGAACGGCGGCCCUGCCGCGCGCUCCGGCAAGCUGAGCAUCGGAGACCAGAUCAUGUCCAUCAACAACACCAGCCUGGUGGGGCUGCCCCUCGCCACCUGCCAGGGCAUCAUCAAGGGCCUGAAGAACCAGGUCCAGGUGAAGCUGAACAUCGUGAGCUGCCCUCCAGUCACCACCGUCCUCAUCAAGCGUCCAGAUUUGAAGUACCAGCUGGGCUUCAGUGUGCAGAAUGGCAUUAUCUGCAGUCUAAUGCGCGGUGGCAUCGCAGAGCGAGGUGGGGUUCGUGUCGGCCACCGGAUCAUCGAGAUCAACGGCCAGAGCGUAGUGGCCACAGCCCAUGAGAAGAUCGUCCAGGCCCUGUCCAACUCUGUGGGCGAGAUCCACAUGAAGACCAUGCCAGCAGCCAUGUUCAGACUCUUAACUGGCCAGGAGACCCCAUUGUACAUAUAGAGCCUGGGCGGACUCUCUAUCACACGCAGAGCCAUAAACAGCCGGAGUUUACACACGGUCAGGGGCGGCCAGACGCCGGGCCCCCCAGGGCCGUGGAGGAGACCACUCAAGCAGGCCGAGAGCUCUCCUCCAGUCUCCAUUUCCAGCCGUCUCUACUUUUUUCCUUCUUCUCUGCUUCUCGCGUCGCUAAAACAGGGGCUCGCCAUUCCUCCUUUCAUCGGCACUAACCAAUGUACUGACACAAUAAUUUACAGGCUGUAAACGGGAACAGAGCUGAUGACGUGGACGUUAUUUAUUUGUGCUGUCUGUGUGUGGGAUGUAGGUCAGGUUAGACAACGUGGAGAGGAUGAGUGAAUGCAUUAUGGUUUAUUUUUUUAUAUGCAUUAUAUAUAUUUACAUGGUAUAUACUGUAUAUUCCUAUUUUUCUGUUUUUUUGUUUUUGUUGUUCUGUUUAAUUCUAAAUGUAAAUACUUUUUUUUCUUUUUUCUUUUUGCUAAUGCUGAUGGGGUUUGUCGAGAAAGACCAGUGUUGUGAUGUACAUACCGACUUUACCAGCAGGUUUUCAUUGUGGGAAAUGUGGGUUCCUAUACAGUUGACAUCCCAGAUGUUGGACUAUGGGACAUUUGUAGAUAAUGCUUGGAACCCAUAAACUCACUCCAGAUUUUGAAUAAUCAUCUGGCCUUUUUUCCCCUUUCACCAUGAGAGUCUAAAGAUACCACUAUACUAAACAUUUAGCGAUAGAGAACUUUAGGCCUGUGUUAAUACUUCAGUCUAAAUAUUUGGCAGUAAAGCUGAACGGAUGUGGAGACAUUGUUGUGCCUUCAUCAUAGUCCAGCUUGAUUAUAAAAUGGAUUUGAAGGGCAGCAUUUUUCUUGUGUGUCCAUUGUUAAAGUAGCUCAAUUUUAGUAGCAGCCCAAUCAUUUAGAUUUGGUCAUUUGUGAAUCUUGCAAAUGGCAAGAUUAACUAUUAUAUUAUGCCAUAUAAUUAUGCAUUUUAGGGUUUUAAUAGAGAAGCAAAGAAACGAUUUCCUUCUCAAAGCAGUGCUUUUUUUUUUUACUACUUACAUCGGACAGGGUUUUGUUCCUCAAAGUUUUAAAAAUCAAAAAAAGAUAAAUCCCUUAAAGAUUAACACACAGAUUUUAAGUUUGUCAUGGAACUGAAUCCAAAACAUUAUAUGAAUACAUGCAACUCUAUUUUUAAAAAUAUUAAUAUUUUUUUGUUCCUUUGUGUUUCCUAGAGAAGCUCUGAAAUUUGUUUGAGUGGAUUGUGAAUGUAAUGUACUCUUAGAACUGUGUCCAUGACCAUCUGCAGUAUUAGAAUGUGUGUACAUAAUGCAGACCUUGUCUAGUAUUGUGCCCUUUUUGGAAUUACUGUUAGUCACUGCAAACCUUUUUUCCCCAGUUACGUUGGGCCUUGGGGUAACAAUUCUGAUUAUAAUAAUGAAAUAAAAUACACUGUGACUAAAGAGGCCUUACCAUAGAGUAAUGCUUAUAAAAAAUGUACUAAAAUAAACAUUGAAAAAUAACAAUACAAUAAACUUAUUACCUGUUUGCAUGCAGAUGAAGAUAGAAGACAAGUCAUUCUGGAAAAAUAAUAAAAUAAGUAAACCAGACUUAUGAAAAA